ACAUCUUCAGUUUUACCGUUGGUAUGCUCCCUCUAAGACAUGAGAAUAAAGAAGACUGUCAUCAGCUAAUAAUUUUAAUCGUUACUGUCACAACAAACCUGAAAUGUUAAUAGACAUCUACGUCUUUUGCAAGCAUUUUGCUAUGAGCAGACAACCUUUUUGCUGUAUUCGCUAUUUAGAGUUUUUCCUCUAACUGUGAUCUCUGACCCUGGUGGUUCAGGUAAGCGGCUAAGACUUGAGGGGUAUUGCAAUGCUAUACCACCUAUUGCUAACAGAGCAAUGCCAGUGUCGCUUUCCUGAUCAUUCAAAAGCGAAUUCCCACCUUUCCUUUUUGCCUCUGUAUUUUGCAAAACAGGCCAGUUUUUGCAUAUGUAAUAUUUGGACUCUGAAUAGCUCAGAAACUCCCAUGCACGUUUUCAGGAAACAAUUUAAAAUAUAGCUGCGAGGUGAAACCUGCAAGUUUGGACGAAGUCUGUCGUGGAUGGGUUACUGCUCGAAUCUCUCCCUCUCUCCAAAUCCUUCCGGACGACCCCUGACCGUAUCACUGUGUGUUGAUUUGCAUGCUUGCUUGUCUCUGCUUGUCAUUGUCCCUGUCUUACUACUAACGCUGGACAAUACAAGAAUGAUUGCACCUGCUUUCGACACAAGUGAUCUAAAAUGACCACAGCAUUAGAUCUCAUUGGACUGGCUACAUAGACUGCAUGUGUGCUCUUUGUACGUUCGGUCUUAUUUGUGCCUCCAACUUUUCAUUUUUUUCCAGGGGGUGGGGAGUCGUGAAGUGAAUGACGCUACUGCUCAUUUGGGAAUAAAUACCUUAGCAGUGCAGAAGGAAACAAGGAACCUGCGGGGCACACAAUCAAUAUCUCAGCUGACAGGAAACUGCAAAAACACACCAUCUCCCCAAGAGCCCAGCAGGGGGAAAAAACUAAUUUUAUCUGAAUUUCAAGAUAUGUCCCUGUGACACUUAUGCAAAUGCUGUACAAUCACAAGCUACUUUGUGUUAGAUUCUAAAUUGCUUCUAAGUGAACAAAACUAUCUACGAUGCUGAAAAUGAAUCACUGGACUUAAGUCUGUUAAUCAACAAGCUCAAAACCAAAAUAAACUGUAUCUGAUCCGGCAGGUUACGUUUACCGACAGCAACCUGUUAAACAAUGCAGAGUGGAAACUGGAGGAGAGAGUCGGACUGCAGCGAGUCAGAGACCAGUGAUGAACUAGAAAUUGUGGUCAAUGUUGGCGGAGUGAGGCAGAUCCUCUAUAGAGACAUUCUGGACCGCUAUCCUGGCACUCGCCUGGCCGAGCUCGCCAACUGCUACUCUGGCGGCUACGAUGCCAUUUUUUCCCUGUGCGAUGACUAUGACCCUGGCAAGGGGGAAUUCUAUUUUGACAGGGAUCCCGAUGCUUUCAAAUGCAUCAUAGAUGUGUAUUACUUCGGGGAAGUCCACAUGAAAAAGGGAAUAUGUCCGAUUUGUUUCACAAACGAGAUGGAAUUUUGGAGAGUUGAUCCGGAGUUGUUAGAUGAAUGCUGCAAGUGCCUCUUAAGUGAGAAGCAGGACGAGCUGGAAGAAAUAGCUAGGAGGGUUCAAAUGAUCCUAGACGAUCUCGGUGGGGAUUUCACGGAUGAUCGCUGGAAAAGAGGGCAGAAAUGGCUAUGGAAGCUCAUGGAAAAGCCAGAGUCUUCGCUACUAGGUAGAGUAAUAGCAGUAUUAUCUUUUCUCUUUAUUCUCAUAUCAUCGGUUGUGAUGUGCUUGGGGACAAUACCCGAGCUGCAGAUUGAGGACGCAGAUGGCAACAAUGUAGAGCACCCAACUCUGGACUACAUUGAGACGGUGUGCAUUGGGUGGUUCACCAUGGAAUACAUCCUAAGACUGAUUUCUUCGCCUAACAAGGUACACUUUCUUAUUUCUUUCAUGAACAUCGUUGAUGCUCUGGCAAUACUGCCAUUCUAUGUUAGUUUAAUCCUUACUCAUAUAGGUGCCUCUAUGAUGGAGCUGAUAAACGUUCAGCAAGCCAUACAAGCACUACGUAUCAUGAGGAUCGCUAGGAUAUUCAAGCUAGCUCGUCACUCCUCUGGUCUACAGACACUGACUUAUGCCCUAAAGAGGAGUUUUAAAGAACUGGGACUGCUGUUAAUGUACUUAGCUGUCGGCAUAUUUGUAUUUUCUGCUCUUGGGUACACCAUGGAACAGAGCCACCCCGAAACGCUGUUUAAAAGCAUCCCCCAGUCUUUUUGGUGGGCAAUCAUUACCAUGACCACUGUUGGGUAUGGUGACAUUUACCCAAAGACUACUCUUGGCAAACUGAAUGCUGCUAUAAGCUUCUUAUGCGGGGUUAUUGCUAUCGCUUUGCCAAUCCACCCCAUCAUAAAUAACUUUGUCAAGUACUAUAACAAACAACGGGUAUUAGAAACCGCUGCCAAACACGAACUUGAGCUAAUGGAGCUUACCUCAAAUGGUUAUAAAAACUUUGCAAGACUGAGAGGGGACUCCAAAGAGUUUAAGACAGAAGACCCUGAACCAGUGUGGAGCAAUCUGAAGUUAUCACACAGCGAUACAUUUAUUCCCCUUUUAUCAAAUGAAAAGCAGCACAGAACGAGAUUGCAGAGUUGCAAAUAGUCCAAAUUGUUAAACUUCAUUGCUUAUAAACUGAAGAAGAAGAUACUUGUGCAAUGAAGUAGUGUGGGGUGGGGAAUCUACUUAUUAUUUAUUAUCUGAAGCUGGGAAAGAAUUCGAGUCUUGUUCAGUAAAAACAAAACUAAUACUAAAAUGACCAAAAACUUUACGUUCUCGUUAAGUUGCCGAGGUUUCGGGUGCUGUGCCUAUGAGACAUUAACAAUAACCUAUGAUUGUUGUCAACAAUAUAAUGAACGUAGUGUAUUUUUUUCCAAAUCUAUCUGCAACAAAUGAGCGUGUUGCCUUGCAUCCACUCAUCCAGUUUAAGUCUGCACGUCCUUUGUUUUCUUCUCCAGACACUUGUAAGUACUUAAGCCGUUGAUCUACCAAUACAGACUGGACUGAAGGUAACAGGUUGUCAAAUUAAGACUUGGGUAUUAUUUCAUUGCUUUAAUGCUGCUGUCAGUUGUUCACGUAUUCUUAAAUUUUAGCUCACCCUUUUUGCACACGCAACUGAAUGGGUGGCAUAUUUACAUUGUGACUCACGUGCGCCUGUGUGCGUGCGUGCGUGCGCCCGCGCGUGUUUAUAAAUACGUUUAUAUAAAAUAUGUGGUUGCCUGUGUUACAAUUGUAAUUUUUAUCAAAGAAGUUCAAGAAAAGUUCAUACUGUACCAAAUAUGCAUACUUUUAAUGGGGGCGGGGGGUGCUUGGGUCAAGGAGCGUAUUGAUGCUUGUGCUAAUCACAUUUCAGGGAUGAAAACAAUGACUGCUAAGCAAGCUCUGUUUUUUUUUCUGUUCAGGAUCCCAUUUUUUUUGUAUUGUUAAUAAAUAGCAUUUCAAACCAA